GCCAUCGUGUGGAGCUGCUCAUGACUCUGUCUCGUGUUGCGUAGGCUCUGACGUGUGCGGCCGUAGCAGUCUUUUGUUUUACUUCCACUCCAGCCAGGAGAAGAUGGGCUGCUGCUUUAGUAAGGAGCUCAACCCCGGCCCGCAGAAUGAGAGGAGCAGUUUGUUACAGCCCCCGCUCCAUGAUGGGCUGAGUGAGGUGACAGAGCAGGUCCGGCAACACGCUGCGGCCGUAGCUCAGCAUGUGUGCCUAGAGGGAGAGGAGACCUGUGUGCCAGACGGACCGGCCCGGGGGACACCUCUGGAAGAUGAGGACAGACUUCAAGAAGUGGACAGCAAAGUUUAUACAAAGGUCACUGUGGCCAACAGGGACAGCACCACCCGGAGUGAGAGGGAUCUUAAACCAGUGGGCUCUCAGGAGGAGAAGGAGGCUAUUAUUAUCACAACCAGCACUAAUAUACAUACAAACAGGGACACAGAGGCAGGCGUGGUACACACUCCGAGGCCGAGCUGUGAACCGGCUCCCUAUAUGGAGGUGCUCACACAGAGUCCAGUCAGACAGACGAUUUUGGAGAGUGCCAGAGCUUUAUGGGUCAGUCAGCUCCCAGAGGGGCAGAAGCAGCACAUACCCGCAUGGUGUUCGACUGCUUCCACCAGGUUACCCUCCGCCGACUUCCUGGGAAACGUCACGGUGAGUGAGGUGUCAGGGGACCAGCUGCUGCCGGUCAGUUUGUGUCAGGAGCCACAGCAGGAUUCCACCAAAGCUGAGCAGGAAGAAGAAGUCGACGAAGUCUGUGUCGUCACAACACUGUGUCAAGGUUUUCAAACAAGGACCCAGAGCUUCUACAGCAUAUGUUCCAUCGACACAGAUGACCUUGAACAAGACCAGGAUCACAGCCAAACCCAAACAGCUGGAGUGGCAUAUUUACUGUGCACAGCUGAAGCACAAACAGCUGCUCUGCCCCGCACAGUGGAGGCUCCAGUCCCCAGCCAAUCAAACAUCCAGGCAUCUACCGUCCAGAGCUACGUCACACAAUCUAAAGUGACCUGCCAGUCACAUGAUGAGGAAGCAGCUUCAACACAGUCACAUGCUGCUGAACAAUCUUCCCCCAUCCUGUCACUUACACACACAGAUGAACAGACCUCCUCACCUCAACCUGUUGUUGCUCCACAGCCGGCAGAAUCUCUGCCUGACCCGCUGCCCCCAUCCAUUCGUCACAUUAGGGCUGAGGACCCUCAAGUGUCCGCAGCACACAGCCCUCCACCUCAAGAUUCUAAUUACCUGACAGCUACAAAAGCCACAGACGAACCCAAGGAGGACAUGUUGAGUGGAUGUGUGGAGGAGGAGAGUGAAUGUGUGGAGGAGGAGAGUGAAUGUGUGGGGGCAUCAGAGGAGAUAAUGGCUACAGAGGAGUGUCCGUGUUCAGAGGAGCAGAGUGAGGACUUGGAGGAGCACAGAGCAGCAGUGGAAGCUUUUAUGGCCACAGAGGAAAUGGUUGUCGACUCCCAGGGGAAAGAAUCAGAUCAGCAGGUGGAGCAUCAUCUGCCUGAGGAGUACGUCCAAAGUUUAGAACCAGCCACCGAGUCUCCUGAGCUGGAUUCCCUCAGUCACAGCCCCAGUUCUUUCACACUUGACCUGUCGCACAAGGAGGAGAAUGAUGCUUUGCCUCUUUCUGGAGGAAACAUUGAAAUGGAUAAACCCUCCCUGCAGAGCCAGGCCAUCCCGGUGAGUAUCUGCCAAAGCCACAGUGAGGAGGCUGAUGUUGUCCACAGCGACAGCACAGAUUCAACUCUUACAGAGCUAACGUCAGUCUCCACCAACUGCACCGUGUCAUCACUGCCCGCUGAGCUCACUGCCUUUUCCUGUCACACAGAUGUGAUACCUACAACCACAUCUCAGCAGUAUGACUCAUCCACAUCUGAACAUAGUGAUGUUAAUUCAAACGAUCCAACAUUUGAACUGAGCAGCAUGAAGCCCUCUGGUCAGGAGGCUGAACCUCCGCUGACUGAAUCUGUGAGAUGUGAUGUCAGGUUUGAUUACUGUGACAUCCAGAGUGACAGCUCUGAAGGUGAGGACGUGUUUGAGUCAGACGAGAGAAGAGUCAAAACAACAGAACCGGAAUUUCUUCAGAUCUGCAAACCUGUGAAGGAAUGUGAUGUUACAGUCGAUUCAACUGAAUCCGGCUCAUACACCGAUCACCUACAGGAGAGAGACGAACAAUGUGACGUGUUAUCUGAGCUCUGUACAUCUGUAAACACGAGCAUCACUGCUCAGGACCCCGCGGAGGCUGAGAGCGGUUUUGAGGAUUCAUGUCGAAGUUGUCUCACACCGCCUCCUCCUGCUCAGAGCGAGAUGUUUGUCGUCACUUCCUCCACUUCACCUCCUUCUUCCUCGUCUCCUUGCACAUCCUUUGAGGAAGAUGAGCAGAAUGAAUUCAAAGUAAAUCCACUGGAGAAGGUUUCUAUAUAUGAGUGUGGGGGAGAAGAAGAAGUGGCAGCUGCACAGGUGACUGAGUUUUGCCCCCUCUCCUCACCAGUUGAGCAGGAAUCUGCAGAAAUGUUAGAGCAGCAGAUCCACAGUCAUCAACCUUCCUCUGAACUCCCAGAAAUAUUUCCCUCCAGUGUUGGCUCUGACUGUGUGAACCCUCACGCUGAUGUCAGCCUGCAGCUUGAUGCUAAAUGUUUCAGUCAAUCUGGAGAUUCAUCAAAUGGAAUUCACCUGGAGGGAGUUAGUGAGAUGAAGGUUUCACUGGAGGAGGAAACUGCAGAAACCCUCAGUGUUUCUGCCACAGAGACGCCGGAGGGCCAUGUCGACACCAGCAGCUGUGAGACAAACACGUUUCCUCAUGACAUCAGUUUUCAGGACAGAAGUUUGCUUUUGGACCACACCAUGAUCCCAGUGGACCCUGGUCAGAUUGAUGCUUAUGCCUCAACUCCGUCUUACGAGAUUCACUUCCAAAAUCAUGGACUGCCAUUGGCUGCUGAGGAGGGAGAGAGGGAAGGCGGGAUGAGGGAGAUGGUGUCUGAGCUGCUGGGAGAGCCUGACUCGUCGGUCUGCAUCCUCUAUCCCCAACACUGGAUCCGACUGGGUGUGGAGGACAGCUUUGAGGGCUGGGCUCAGGGGACGUCUGAGGCCAAGGAUGAGAACAAGACGGGCGCUGACACAGAGCAGAUACCGGCCUCGGUUUCAGAGCUGCAGCCCUCCAUGGCUCUGCUGGGAGCGUACCCCUACAGCACCGUGUUGCCUCUGGGGUCGUGUGUGUGGGACUGGCACACAGAUUGCACUCAGGCUGAACCCGGUGCUGCUCCAAGCCUUAACCCAGAUGCUGAGGUAUGGACCAAUCACAGCCAUCACUUGGACAUCAAUGGCUCCGCCUACCCUCACCCUGAGCAGCCAUGGCUGCAGCACGCUACCGACGUGACCUAUCACGAAGCAUUCAUGCCUGAGUUCCAGCUGGAGAACAUGAGCCUGGUUGAUGCUGUGACUGAUCCCAGUACACUGGAGUUCCAGACGCUGACCGGUGAAGCACCUGCACUGAAUGGAGAGUCCAGCAUCCCGUUGGUUUCAGAUGAGGUCAGAGAGGAGCUGAGGACCGUUCUGGAGUCAUGUCUGACCAGGGAGCACCUCUGCAGCGACCUUUACCUCACAUCUCAGAUGGACAGCGACCAGUACGUUUCCAUCACAACUCUGACCAGCCUCGACAAGAUCAAGACUCUCAGCACAGACCUGGACCUCAUCUCCGACAUCCUGAAAUCUCUGCCGCUCGUCCAGUUGGCUCCGUGUGGACAGAAGGUUCGUCCCAGGCAGAGUCGAUGUGUCGUCAUCCUUCGUGAGAUCCCUGACACCACACCUCGUGAGGAGGUGGAGGCUCUCUUCGAUCAGGACAAUCUGCCCAAGUUCCUGAGCUGUGAGUUUGUAAGCAACGAUAACUGGUUCAUCACCUUCAAAUCAGAAGCUGAAGCACAGCAGGUCUACAAGUACCUCAGAGAGGAGGUGCGGGUGUUUCAGGGAAAACCAUUAAUGGUCAGAAUAAAGGCCAAAACCAUGACAGUCCCUUCUUACGCUCCUAAAAAUGGCUACAGACGCAGCCAGCUGGAACAGUGCGGCGAACAUUACAGCCCCUACUUCCACACAACUACCUACCAACAUCCAGGAGGCCCCAUGACAGCACCACAGCUGUACGACUUUCCCAGUGAGAUGUGGGCCUCAGCUCUGUCAGGAUACCACAAACAUGCCGAGCUUCCAGCAAUGAACGAUUUAUUCAAUGGAUUUGCUCCAAUUCCCAACUUCAAACCUUACAACCCACGCAGGCCGAGGAGAGCCUCGAGGUGGUCAAACUGCGGAGACCGUUGGCAGGUCACUCAGAAAGACUUGUCGGAGCAGAAAUCAGCGGCGCGCGCCUCAUCUCCUGUGAGGUCAGGACGAUCGUGGUCACAUGGCAACUUGCGCCACCAGAACAGAGGUGGAAGGACGGAGUCCGGCAAGCAAGCUGCGUCAUCCACCUUUGAGCGGGGAAGGAGAGGAAACGGCCACAGGAGGAGAGACAACCCAAGGCCAUGGGACAAAUCUGGACACAGUCAUAAUCCACAGAGUCAGUCACCUCCUCGUCAGCCGUCUCCUGCUCUUGAGCUCGGGUUGAUGAGCUUCCCUCCUCUUCCUCCUGCUAACGGCAACAGCAAGGUUCCACUCAAAAGCAGCAGCUCAGUUUCACAAGAGCCUCAGUCGGUCCCACAGCCGAACGUGAAGGAGAGUGCAGAGACAACAAGCGAGGCCAAACCCACUCAGCUCCCACAGGAGCCAGUCACAGAGUUCAAAAGGCUGAGCUACGCACAGAUUUGCCAGAAAAAAUCCAGCGAUGAUCUGAUCCGAGCCGCUGACCCUCUGCAGACGUGAGCAAACCCUACGACGGCGAGGCCACGCCUCCGGUUCCCAGCUCUGUUACCACGGUGACCAGAUACGAUGCAGCGAGAGACCUCAGGGAUUUUUUUUGCGUCUUUUUUUUUUUUUUUUUUUUUCCAGGUGAACGUUUUACAGCACUUUGCUCUUUGUACCAACAGGCAGCGUUGAGAAGAAUCCACACUGCAGGAGGAUUGUUGCAGAUAUUUCAUUUCAUACUGAACACAGCGUUUAAAUCUGGAAACUGCCGCCCUGAUGGGUACAGGUGGGGGCGGGGCCUUACUGCUUUA